AUGGACAAAUCAGGUGAGAUUCAACAAGAGCAAGAAAAUGUGACUGGAGUUGCACCAUGUGCUAGUCAAAUGGCUUAUUCUCACAACCAGAAUGAUCCUUUGGUAGCUUCUGGUCCACCUUUUGUUGCUGUUCCUACCCCAGCUCAACCUCUAGCCGCGUUCUCUAAUUCCAUCGACCAAUUGCAGCAGCAGCAAGAUUUCCACCAUCAACUACAACAACAGCAACAGCAGCAACUUAAGGUGUUCUGGGAAAACCAAAUGCAAGAAAUUGUCCAAACAAAUUGCUUUUCAAAACAUAGUUUCCCACCUACUCAUAUAAAGAGAAUAAUGAAAAUGGAUGAAGAUGUUCAGUUGGUUUCAGCAAAUGCUCCAGUCUUAUUUGCAAAAGCAUGUGAAAUGUUUCUAUUAGAUGUGACUUUGCGAUCUUGGUUUCAUGCGAAAGAGAACAAAAGAAGUAAACUACAAAAGAAUGAUAUAGCAGCUGCUAUUGAAAAUAUUGCUGCUUUCGAUUUCUUGCUUGAUAUCAUUCCAAAAGAUGAAUUGAAAGAAGAGGAAGGGCCUGGAAUUGCAGAGUCAACUAUUCCAAUAGCAGAGGGGCAUGGAAUUGCCCAAACGGGUCCUGCAGCUGAUCUCCCACCACAACAUCCUGUAGGUUCUACCGGGAUGGUCAUGGGAAACCCAUUUGAUCAAGCAGCACUAUAUUCUACCCUUCAUCCUCAACCGCCAAAUCCAAACCCACGGCCACCGCAACAACAAAGUACAACACUAUAUUCUACCAUUCCAAUAGAAGAGGGGCGUGGAAUUGAACUGUCUACUAUUCCAAUAGCAGAGGGGCUUAGAAUUGCACAGUCUACUAUUCCAAUAGCAGAUGGGCUUGGAAUUGCACAAUCUAAUAUUCCAAUAACGGGUCCUGCAAACCAAAUGCAAGAAAUUAUCCAAACAGAUUGCUUUUCAAAACAUAGUUUCCCACCUACUCGUAUAAAGAAAAUAAUGAAAAUGGAUAAAGAUGUCCUGCAGGUUUCAGCAGAUGCUCCAGUCUUAUUUGCAAAAGCAUGCGAAAUGUUUAUAUUUGAUUUGACUUCGCAAUCUUGGACUCAGGCGAAAGAGAUCAAAAGAAAUACACUACAAAAGAGUCAUGUAGCAGCUAUUAUUGCAAGUAAUGUUGCUUUCAAUUUCUUGGUUGAUAUCAUUCCAAAAGAUGAAUUGAAAGAAGAGGAAGGGCCUGGAAUUCUUGGAUUUGCACAGUCUACUAUUCCAAUAAUGGGUCCUGCAGCUGAUCUUCCAUAUAAUGAUGUCCCACCACAACAUCCUGUAGGCUCUACCGAGAUGAUCAUGGGAAAUCCAAUUGAUCAAGCAACACUGUAUUCUACCUUGCAGCCAAAUCCAAACCCACAGCCAACGCAACAACAAAGUACAACACUACAUUCUACCCAGUUGCCUCGACCUCCUUAUGAGGCUAUGAGCUCUUUUAUGGAGUUACUCUUAGGUGCUGUUUACUUUUCAAGUAUUGUUGUGUAA